GACGUGGAACCGUACUUCCAGGAAGUGGUGGCCAGUCUGGAGCAGAGUGUGGAGGAGGGCACCAAGGGGGAAGGGGUGGUGCUGAGGGGGAGACUGGGACAACUCUACAGAGAGAUCCUCACCCUACUGACACAUCAGACACAUUGUCCUCCGGUGGUGGGGGAUGCCUGUGUGACAUGCCGCUUCCCAACCCGGAGAUGAGCUUCCACCUGUGGCGGGAGGAUGAGGAGAUCUGGCGCGAGCUGGCCAAGUGCGUGCGCUCCAGCUCCAUGUCGUCAGAACACUUCUGCCUCACCCAGGACCAGGAGACAGACUUUGACCUCGCCGACCUCGCCGCCGACCUCACUUCCUCCUCCGCCAUGCCCCGCCACUCCGUGAUGUCCACCGACAGCGGCAUCGAGAGGGACCUUCCCCCUGGGGUUGAGCCUUCAGUGGUGGAACCCUCUGGUGGUUCGGAGGAGGGGGAGGCCAGGUUAACCCGGCGAGGAGGCAUCAAGAUGAGGCCRUCAGUCACGGACAAUAUGGCCCUGAUGCAGGACGCUCUGGAGGAGAGCGGGAGUGUGGCCGGGGGAGGGGGAGGCGGGGGAGGGGGGACACUUCAUAGGAAGGCGGGGUGCAGCGGGACCCCGUCAUUCUCCAAGCAGCAGAGGCACUUCACGGCCCGGAUCGUGGUGAUGGGGGACGACAGGGUGCUGGGGAAGCUGGCUAAGGCCUUCUACUUUCUCAGGAAAAGGGAAGCGCGUCGUCUCUUUCUGACCAUGAAAGUCAACUUCCAGUUUUACUACAUCCCUGUCUGUGAGGAUCCCAGUCCCACCUGUCCUGUCAAAGAAAACCUCUCCCCAUCCCUGGAAAACCCCUGUGCCCUGGGUUCCUACUUGGGAAUGGUGGAUCCAUGGUACGACUGCAACAUCAACAGUCUGGGUUCCAUGAUCCCCAAGCUGGCCAAAAUGCAGUCCAACAGCAGCAAGCAGGCAGAACCUAACCCCUUCCUGUCUGAUGUCAUUUCCUACUACGUGCGGACCGGACUGCAGCCUGUUUACUUCACCAUCUAUUCUGUCAAGAUCUGCUUCUCCAACCUGACCAAGGACUCAGUGGAGGACGUGUUUCUCUCCCACUUAGAGCUGGACUUCCCCGAGUUCAAACAGUCCCCGACUACUUUGAAAGCCACAACCCUCAAGCAGAAGAAGAACACAGGAGACGUGUGUGGUGCUGUCGUCUCUGUCAACUACAAAAAGGUGUCGUUGAGUGGUAGAGACGUAGAUAAGGGUAUGUCAGUGAGGACCUCAGGUGUUCAGAUUAGUGCCAUCCCUUCCAAUGAAACUGAAGAUCUGAACUGUCUUACAGUAGCUUUCAACGAAACUAAACCCAARAACACCAUGGAGGCCAAGAUUCGUACCUGUAACAUUAAGAUCAGAACCCUGGAGAUGAAAACCUUCACUGUGACCCUGGACAAAGACUCUAGGAGGACCUUCAAAGACGUACAGAGCAUAGAGAUCGCUCCCUGUCUUGAUCCUGGAUACUGUGUCCAGAAGACCAUGCGGUCCAAGUUCAGUUUGGGGGAAGAGGAGAGAGACGCUGGCCUCAGCAAGUACAUGAACAAAGGACUUCCUCUACCAAUCAAUACCUUCGCUGGUAUCAUCAACUGACUGAUCUCACAACCAUCUGGAUGGACUCCACUGUACAGAGACUGAAACGUUGAGACCAUCUACAUCGUAUGAGGAUCAGGGAUGCGCUUAGUACUCACAACAGCGCCUCAGUGUACCUUGAAGGGAUGUGGAAAGAGAACCUGGGUGGCAGCUAAGGGUAACUGGUGUAACCUUGACUAGAAAACCAGUUGAGUUUGACAAGUGUUAGAUUUGUCAACAAACAAAUUAAUUUGCCAUGGGUAUUGGAUCUCGUUCCAGUUUUUUCUGCUUGUGACAGUUUUAUCAUAUACUGUUCCCAUAGGCAUAUCUCUGACUGACAGCAUAGUCAAAGAACAAUAUUGCCUCUAAAAUUGACAAUUUUAUGAGAGUGUAUGUGAGGCAUGAGAGUGAAGCUGAGUUGGUAUUAGCUCCAAGAUAAGCUUUAGCUCAGAGGACUAACAUAAACUUGACAACCUGGGUUCAAAAUCUGGUCCGUCAGAAGAGUAGCCCACCCUCCCAAUCAUCUAACCUAAGGGAAGACUCAUCCAUCCCUUGACGUCAGGGUUGGGGCAAAUUCCAUUUCAAUUCAGUAAAGUUAUGUAGUGAACUGAAAUUCCCAUCGGGAUUGACUGAAUUGAAAUGGAAUUGACCCCAACCCUGCUUGCCAUGUAAACACUACCUGCUGCUCUUUGAGUUCUGACACUGAAUAACCCUGGUAGGGUCAUUUUCCUUACUAAGCUUGGCAGAAGAACAACUUAAAGAUAGUUUGAUGUCUUGGUGAGCUAACAACAGAAGCUAUUGAAGCAGUCACUUGUUGGAUUAACCAGUUCUUUAAAAAACAGGUUCCAUUUAAAGGUGCAUAUAGCCUAUUACAGGCCACGUCUGCUCUCUGAGCUCACCUAAGUUCUUGUAAGUUAGCAAUAAAGGUUUGAAUGCACGGUGCACAAGCCUUCAGUWAAAACAUGACACAAAAGAACAGGCACCUAUUUUAAGAUCCCUAAAGAACAUGUUGCGUGACAGGAAACCGACUGGGGGGGUUUCAAUUUCUGGUAGCUUUCUGCUUAUGACUUUGUUCUGUAUGCUAUACUAACAAGUGGUGCAAUAUCCAGUGUGGUUGACUAUUACCAUGCUAGGAGGUCUAUGCUAAAAUGAAAGUUACACUCUGA